GCUAACUGGACGGAGCAGGACAGUGCUGAGAAGCUGCUGGCUUCAGACACUCCCAGGACAACAAAGAGGGAGCGUGCCUGUGACCUCUCCCCAGGCUGCAGCACUCCAUCAGCCGCCAUACCUGACAGUGGGAGCGCAUUCCUCCCAUUCACACAAAACAGAGCUCGAUUUGAGGCGACCUACAAGGAGCUUCACAAGCUCGGAGAAGGAGGCUUCGGCUCAGUUUAUGCUGGGUGGAGAAUGUCGGACAGCUUACCAGUGGCGAUCAAACACAUCCCGAAAAAAGAUGUGGAGUAUGAACAAGUGGUCUUAAAUGGGAAGACACACAUGAUCCCACUGGAGAUUCUCCUAAUGCUGAAAGUGGGCGGUGGACCACUGUCAGUAGGCACAUCUCCAGCCAUCUCAUUACUGGACUGGUGUGACCUAGAGGAGGAGAUCCUUGUGGUCAUGGAGAGACCAGUCCCAUGUGUGAGCCUGCACAGCUACAUGGAGAACAAUGGUGGACCCCUGGAGGAGCAUGUUGCUAAGAACAUCAUGAAGCAGCUGGUUGACGCAGCCUUAAUGAUGCACAACAAAGGGGUCUUCCACCGGGAUCUCAAGACAGAAAACCUGCUCCUCGAAACCGCCUCCAGUGACCUGCGAGUGCGGAUCAUAGACUUUGGAUGUGGCUGCUGGGUACAGGAAGAGCCACAAUCCAUCUUCUCUGGAACCUCAGCGUACGCCCCUCCAGAGUUUUUCACACGUGGGAAGUACGAGGCUAUCCCCACCACAGUCUGGCAGCUGGGCGCGCUGCUAUACGAAAUGCUGUAUGGAGUGCGUCGAUUUUGCACCUCUAGUUUCGUCCGCAGGAAAAGACCUUUUAACAAAGUCCUGCCCAAAGACUGCCAGAACUUUUUGAAGCGCUGUUUAACUCGAAACCCACAACAGCGAGCAACCUUGGAGCAGAUUCAGCAGCACCCCUGGCUGCUGAAUCACGCUCAGCUCAAGCACUAAACAUGUGCCAAGAGGCCUGGACUUUGAGC